CGUCUUUCGGCUUUUAUGGCACUGGAUUUGUGUGGCUCUAGAGGCUUUUCGGGAAAGUCUUUUUCAGAGAUAAUAACUCCAGUUGUGUCAGCACUACAUUUGGACUGGAUGUUGCAUGGACUUUGUGAUAAAAAUCAAAAUCAAUCACUCAAAAAGUCAUGCCUGUUCCUGCAAGGAAAAGAAGCUGGGAGGAACACGUGACCCACAGAACUGGAUUACUAUACAGUUUUGAUGACCUCGAUAUACUUUGCUGUCAUGGAAUUACGUAUGAUGGUGAUGCGUCAGGUAUGGACAUAUCUAAAUCAGGGCGCAGAGAGAGGUGUGCAUCACUGCCUGAGUGUUGCCAUGAGUUUCGUGCUGAUGGAAUUCCAUUCACACCUGCCCAGGUAAAUGCCCUGGAUGAAGACAAAAAUGCUGAUCGAGGGUCCAGCCACUGUCUGUCCGUGGAGGGCAGUGUAGAAACACUGGUCUAUGAACUGCGGGGUCAUUCUUCUGGCAGCUCCAAUGGAUCUGACUCCAUUGAGCCGGACCAAGCCGGACCACCGGAGCCCAUGGCUGAGGACACAUCUCCUACUGAGGCUCUUGAGGACAGGGCGGGCCUUAGAGAUGACAACUGCAGCUCCGAGUGCGAAUCUGAGAAAAGCAAUGAAACGAUGAAGUUGCCUGAUGAGGAGAAUGUUACACCAGCCACGGCCCCUGAAAAAGAAAGUGAAGAUCAGGCAUCCACUCAAACCUUUUCUUCUGAUUUUGAGCAGGAAAGUGCUCGUGAUCAUGUUCAUGCACUGCCUCAGCAUGCUGUCAGUGCACAACCAGCUGAGCCAUCAGAAGACACAUCAAAAGAUGGCACGCAACCCUGUGAGGCCAAGGGUUAUUCAGAGGCCUUGCCUUCCUGCUGUGAUGACAAACUAUUGUUCAGUAGAGAUGGAAUAUGUGAGAAAACAUCAAUGAAGGAAUGUGACAAUGCAGCCUCUGAGACAGAUAUGAUCAGUGAUGUGACAUGUUCAGAGGUGAUGCAUAGCCAAACAACCCCAGGAGAGCGUAAAGUUAUUCCGCAUGUCAGUGUGAUCAGUGAGGAGCCAAGUUCUGACGCAGCUGAUGGCCAAACAAUAGAGUAUGAUGAUUCAGCAGUAAAAAUGGCUACAAUAAGUGAGGUACCACAUUCUGAAGAAGUGGACUCCCUCAAGCCACCGGGAGAAUGUAACAACACAACCCCAAAAACGGAUACAGUCAGUGGGGUACUGUCCUCUGGGGUGCCCCAUAAUGCCCCUGGGGAAGAGAGAAAUGCCACCGAAGUAAGAGAAGCUGAAACGGGGGCUGAGGUGACUGAGCAUAAGGUGGAAGACAGUGUUGUAAAAUUGCGGAAAAGAAAGGGGUCAAAAGAAGAGAGAGAGCGAUCACACCUAGACUCAAUGGUGUUGUUGAUUAUGAAACUGGACCAGCUCGACCAAGACAUUGAGAACGCGCUGAGCGCCACCUCCUCAAUAUCCAACACACCCACCAUGAAACGAAGAAAUGUCCAUGGGACGGACCUGGAAACAAUAAAUGGAGGGGAUACUUUACACUCGAUGCAACAACCCAAAAUCAUCCCCCAUAUGAUGUUCUCUGCUCUGACAUCAUCAGCACCUGUGGCAGCCUGUGGACUGAAAGCAAAGACUGGGAUAAUGCCUCCUAUUUCAGAAAAAGAUAAAGCUGAGAUCGAGGCCAAGGAGGCGUGUGAUUGGCUACGAGCAGCUGGGUUCCCACAGUAUGCACAGCUCUACGAAGAUUCCCAGUUCCCUAUUGAAAUCUCCUCUGUCACCAGGGACCAUGACUUCCUUGAUCGGGAUGCCAUCGAGGCACUAUGCAGGCGGUUAAACACCCUUAACAAAUGUGCUGUGAUGAGGCUGGAAAUCACUCCACAAAGAAAACAAAGUGAGGACUCUGAUGAGGAUGAGCCCUGUGCCAUCAGCGGCAGGUGGACUUUCCAGAGGGACAGCAAACGCUGGUCCAGGCUGGAGGAGCUCGAUGUCUUCACGUUGUCAGGAGAAGCGGGCGCCUGCCCUCCGGAAGGCCCCGCGGGGCUGAAGGUGGGGGUCAGCACGGAGAGCGUGCUGACGGACCUCAGCGAGCAGCCGGAGGUCAACUCCCUCCACAGCGUCAGCAGCAGCACAGGCAGCCAGGGGGUGGGCAACAUCAGGACCGAUUCGGUGACCAGCAUCUGCUCCUCGUCCAACUCCGGGGCCAACGAAGACUACUCCUCCGAAGGCCUGUCCCUGCCCAAGGAGCUCCCAAGCUUCACCCUCAACAGCAAGCCCGGCGUGAAGGGCACGCGCUCCAAGGCCAAGAGCUUCCUGAAGAGGAUGGAGAGCCUGCGGCUGAAAAGCUCGCCCAGCAAGAAGAAGAAGGUGAUGACCAAGCUCAUGAUCAGCGGCCCCGUGCUGCAGGAGGGGAUGGACGAGGACAAGCUGCGGCGCCUCAACUGCGUGGAGAUCUCCAGCCUCAACGGGCAGGGCUGCCCAAGGAACCGCAGCGUCUCCUACUCCACCCAGACCAGCAGCAGCAGCAGCCAGUCGGAGGCCGGCAGCAGCACGGUCAGCACGCCCAGCCCCGUCACCCGGGCCCGCAGCCGCAGUGCCGCCUGCUCCAACAACAACAACAAGCGGGUGGGCAUGUAUCUGGAGGGCUUUGACCCCUUCAGCCAGCUGCAGCUGCAGCCUCCUCUGCAGGAGCAGCAGAAGGAGGAGCCGGCCUCCGCCCCGGCGGGACACGUGGCAGAGCGCAACCUGAGGAACCGGAAGGAGGCUGUAGAGGAGGAGGAGGAGGAAGAGGAGGAGGAGGAGGAGGUCAUCUUCUUCAUCCCUGAGGACCACAAGCCGGGCACGUUCCCCAAAGCGCUCUGCAAUGGCAGCCCGCGCUUCAGGCUGCGGCGGGAGAGCAGCGACGACAGCUCCAAGGGCUCCAGCUGCAGCGGCCGCAAUCGGCGCAACUCAGCCAGCUCGCUAGACAGCCGGCUCAGCCUCUACGACAACGUGCCCGCCUCGCUGCUCCCGGACCGGGACGAGGAGGCCGAUGACCUGCCCUGCCCUGGGCUAGACGACAUCCUCCGCCACGUGCGCGGCCUGCAGCGCUUCGUCAACGAGUGGUCGGAGCGGGCCUGCGAGGAGGGCGACUCGGACUCGGCGCUGGACUCGGUCUCGCCCUGCCCCUCCUCCCCACUGCAGAACCACCUGGAGGAGGCGGAGAACGGCAGCGACCUGGACAGCACGGGAAACUCAGUAAACGAGCAGGACGAGACGCUAACAGUGCGAGAGAGAAGAGACUCGGGGGUCGGAGCCUCCCUAACCAGAUCAAACAGACCUCAGAGGCUGCGAUGGCACAGUUUCCAGAGCUCCCACCGGCCCAGUCUCUCCUCCAUGCAGCUGCAGAUCAACUGCCAGUCCGUCAUCCAGAUGAACCUCCUGCAGAAGUUCUCCCUUCUGAAACUCACCGCCCUGCUGGAGAAAUACACUCCCACCAACAAGCACGGUUUCAGCUGGGCAGUGCCAAAGUUUAUGAAGAGGAUCAAGGUGCGGGAUUACAAAGACCGGAAUGUUUUCGGGGUCCCCCUUCAAGUGAACGUGCAGCGCAGCGGGCAGCCUCUGCCCCAGAGCAUCCAGCAGGCCAUGCGGUACUUACGCAACCACUGCCUGGACCAGGUGGGCCUGUUCAGGAAGUCAGGGGUGAAGUCGCGGAUCCAGGCACUCCGUCAGAUGAACGAGACGUGCACAGACAGCAUCAGCUACGAGGGGCAGUCGGCUUAUGACGUGGCAGACAUGCUGAAGCAGUACUUCAGAGACCUGCCAGAGCCCCUGCUCACCAGCAAGCUGUCUGAGACCUUCCUGCAGAUCUACCAGUAUGUACCCAAAGACCAGCGUCUGCAGGCCAUCAAGGCGGCCACGCUGCUGCUGCCCGAUGACAACAGAGAGGUGCUCCAGACGCUGCUGUACUUCCUCAGCGACGUCACCGCCAACGUGGCGGAGAACCAGAUGACCAGCACCAACCUGGCCGUGUGCCUGGCGCCGUCCCUCUUCCAUCUCAACACCCUGAAGAGGGAGAACUCCUCCCCCAGGGUGAUGCACAGAAAGCACAGCCUUGGCAAACCUGACCAGAAGGACCUCAACGAGAACUUGGCUGCCACACAUGGCCUGGCCCAUAUGAUUGUGGAGUGCAAGAAACUCUUCCAGAUUCCUGAGGAAAUGAGCCGCUGCAGGAACUCCUACAUGGAGCAGGGCCUGCACCCUCCAAAGCUGGAGGAUCUGAGAGAGGGCAGCCCGGAGCAAGCCUCUGGCUACAGCGGCCUCCUCAAGGAGAGCCUGGACUGCCUGCUGAAGGAGGCCAAGGAGAAGUUUAAGGGCUAUGACAGCUACUCCACCCCUGAGCAAUCGGAGCUGGCAUGCAAGAAGGUGCACGACGGCUACCCUCUGCGGAUGUGGAAGGCGACGGUUGAGGUUCCGGCGCCUCCAGAGGAGGUUCUGACCCGGGUUCUGAGGGAGCAGCACCGUUGGGAUGAGGAUCUGCUGGAGUCCAAGGUGGUGGAGACCCUUGGGAAUCAGACCGAGGUCUACCAGUAUGUGCAGAACAGCAUGGCUCCGCACCCCACACGUGACCAUGUGGUGCUGAGGACAUGGGUGACAGAUUUACCUAAGGGGGCCUGUGCCAUUGUUGGAACCUCAGUGGACCAUGACGGUGCAGCAGUUAUGGGUGUGCGGGUGAAUGUCCUGACUGCUCGCUACUUCAUUGAGUCAUGUGGGCCCAGCAAGUCCCGGCUCACCUACAUCUGUAGGAUUGACUGCAGGGGUCGCUUUCCAGAGUGGUAUAAUAAGAUGUUUGGACACACGUGUGCAGUUGAAGUCGUGCGAAUAAGAGACUCCUUCAGCAGUCAAGCUGAAAAAUGAGCAGCGACAGGACUGAAGCCAGCGUGUGCUGUCUGCUGUCACCUCGGAUGACUCUACGCCACUAAUUCCUGAAAAGAGGCAGGAGAAGCCAGCCAAGAGGAGAGAGAUGUGCGCUCCACAGUUUGCACAUGGUGUUGAGGCAGAGAGUGACCCUUAUUAAAUUGGCCCAGACUGUGCCAACUUCUUUCCGUGUUGUCUAAAGCUGCUUCAUUUGAGUAACGGGUUACUGGUGCUGGCCCCCAACUGGAAUGGAUGUGUGCCUGAGAGCUUCGGUGUCGCCUUGGGUGACACGGGGGCGGCCACUGCUUCUGAGAAGCAACAAGAUUAUGCUUGUGUGUAUGUGAGAUAAAUCUGCUUUGAUGUUUGCUCUUUCUCUGUGACUAUAUGAUGUUAAAACAAAUGUUUUUUUAUUUACGGCCACAGGCAGGAUUUGCGACAUUUGCGUGACACUAUGCAUAAGCCUGCAUUGGUGUUCUUGAUAUGGAUUGCACUAGAGUGGAUAUGGAUGUUGAGAGGUUGAGAUGGCUUGAGAUGGUGUAGAUUGGCAUGGAGGAGGGCAGGGUAAGGGUGGCUGGGACACCAGUAGGUUAGAGGAUAAAGUAGAGCAAAGGUUGUAGGCCACAAUAGACCUGUAAGUGGAAUGAACUCAAGAUGGACCAAAGCUUAAUAACUGACAUUUUAAGAUUGCAAGGAGCAGACCCUCUUGGGUUUUGACAGUAGAACAUAAUUUUAUUUGGUCUUAUUAGGAAUUUGACUUGAAAAUACAAAGCUGUCAGAGAUAUAGUGUACAGACAAACAAAUUUUUCACAACAGCAUCAAGACACGCGUUGUACAUAAGCAUCAGAUUUACAUUUACGAAUAUACAUUCAGAUGUACAAAUAUACAUUUAACAUUGUUAGAUCAAAUCUGCACUAAAUCUCCACAACUUGCUAAUGCUAAGAUGUUGCCUGUUGCUCAAGCAUGGUCAGGAAGUCUGAGUGGGUUAUCUUUUAGAAUGUUUUACAGAAAUGUGCAUCCUAAUACAAAAAUAACAAUUAGAAUAUCUAUGAUU